GACCCAGAGGCGGUGUGAGGCGGACGGGACCGUUGAGGGGCGCCGCCGCCGCCGCCGCCUCCGCCGUCAGCACCAUCCCUGCCGCGCGAUCGGAUUUGUCUCCAGCCCUCCGGGUGCGCGCCACAAAGCGGGCUGCGCGCUUCUCCCUCCGCCCGCGUCUCCUCAGCGCUCGGCGCCGUGGUCAACUUCCCCUUGCCGCGUCUCCUCAGCGCUCGGCGCCGUGGUCAACUUCCCCUUGCCGAGCUUGGCCGGCUGGCGAGGAAGGCGGCGGUGGAGGCACACCAGGCUGUCUCCUCGCGCUCCACACACACACACACACACACACACACACACACACACGUAUACACACACUUCACCCCCUCGAUCCGGGUCUCGGGGACCGUACUGGGAUUCCGGCCACCAACAUUUGUCCGGUGUCUUCUGGUAAAGAUGCUGUAGUCUAUCAACUAGGCUCUAAGAGGAUCGCUGGAGUCCUGUCCCAAAUCUCUGAAACCAACACAACUGAUGAAUACUUCUGUGAGAACACUUUGUUUUAUAAAGAGAUAAUGCAAAAGGUGUCCCCAGACUCCUGAUCAGUGAAUAAGGAUUUGAGAAAGACAGCCAAGCUCAUGUUUUCUCCUGAUCAAGAAAAUCAUCCAUCCAAAGCACCAGUAAAAUAUGGUGAACUCAUUGUCUUAGGGUAUAAUGGGUCUCUCCCAAAUGGUGAUAGAGGAAGGAGAAAAAGUAGGUUUGCUUUGUUUAAAAGACCUAAGGCAAAUGGGGUGAAGCCCAGCACUGUGCAUAUUGCUUGUACUCCUCAGGCUGCAAAGGCAAUAAGUAACAAAGACCAGCAUAGUAUAUCAUAUACCUUAUCGCGGGCUCAGACGGUGGUGGUUGAAUAUACUCAUGACAGCAGCACUGAUAUGUUUCAGAUUGGUCGGUCGACUGAAAGUCCUAUUGAUUUUGUAGUAACUGACACAGUUCCUGGAAGUCAAAGUAAUUCUGAUACACAGUCAGUGCAAAGCACUAUAUCAAGAUUUGCCUGUAGAAUCAUAUGUGAACGAAAUCCCCCCUUUACAGCACGGAUUUAUGCUGCAGGAUUUGACUCAUCAAAAAACAUCUUUCUUGGGGAGAAGGCAGCCAAAUGGAAGACAUCAGAUGGACAAAUGGAUGGCUUGACCACUAAUGGAGUUCUUGUUAUGCAUCCACGCAACGGAUUCACAGAAGACUCCAAGCCUGGAAUAUGGAGAGAAAUAUCAGUGUGUGGAAAUGUAUUCAGCCUGCGUGAAACCAGAUCAGCUCAGCAAAGAGGAAAAAUGGUGGAAAUUGAAACCAAUCAGUUACAAGAUGGCUCAUUAAUUGACCUCUGUGGUGCAACCUUGCUGUGGCGUACUGCAGAAGGCCUUUCCCACACUCCUACAGUGAAGCAUUUAGAAGCUUUAAGACAGGAAAUCAAUGCAGCCCGACCUCAGUGCCCUGUAGGGUUCAACACACUAGCAUUUCCUAGUAUGAAGAGGAAAGAUGUUGUAGAUGAAAAACAACCAUGGGUAUAUUUAAACUGUGGCCACGUCCAUGGCUAUCAUAACUGGGGAAACAAAGAAGAACGCGAUGGAAAAGAUCGUGAAUGUCCUAUGUGUAGGUCCAUUGGUCCCUAUGUCCCUCUGUGGCUUGGAUGUGAAGCUGGAUUUUAUGUGGACGCUGGCCCUCCAACCCAUGCAUUUAGCCCAUGUGGGCAUGUGUGCUCAGAAAAGACAACUGCCUAUUGGUCCCAGAUCCCACUUCCUCAUGGUACUCACACUUUUCAUGCAGCCUGUCCUUUUUGUGCACAUCAGUUGGCUGGUGAACAAGGCUACAUCAGACUUAUUUUCCAAGGACCUCUAGACUAACAGGACAGUUGUCCUCCAGGACUACAUUAUAAAUUUAUAAGCUAAGUGAUUUGGGAUUUCCAGCCUGUUGUCCAUAUCACAGUUUCUCUGUUUUGAUCGUUUGCAUUAAGAUGAAGAAUUUUUUAAAACAUUUAUAAUAAAUAGUAGCAAUUUCUGAGAAACUCAAGCAAAGGGAUUUCUGAAAGUACCAGACUCCUGAAUUCUGAGUUUUGAAAAUAUAUUUUGGGGAGAAAAAGACAUAGUCUAACUCGAUGCCUUCAUUUUAGUGUUUUUGAAUCACCCAUCCUCAGUGUUGAAAAAUUGUUUUGUAAAACUGAGGGUAUUGUUGGUUCAAACUAUGUUAGUUUACAGUUUGUUGCAAACAUUGUUGCAAACAUUGUAAAAUACAGCAACAUGUAUAUUAACUUUUUUUCUAUUUAUCUUUAUUAUAGAAACUGUCUUAGAAUGUCUUAGUAGAAUAGCAUGAUAGCAAUGGUGUCACAUCCUUGGUGUGAAUGGUAGUUUAGUGAGCAUAGCUCAAGGAUUUGCAAGACUAGGAAAGACAAGAAAGCCUCUCUUCCUCCACCCUGUCCCCGCUCCCCAUCUACAUAUGGAAUUUGGUAGGUUAGAACACUUUGUAAAGCCCAAUUCAUAUUAAUUACCAUUGUGUAAGAUGUGUUUGUUUCUAACCACAUGGAAGAUAAUCAGGAAAGUUUUUUUCUUAUUGUUUCUCCUGCGUCUAAUACUAUAACAAAAGCCUAAUGCUAAGAAACAUUUUUAUAUGCUCCUUUGAAUAUGCAAUUUAAUCUAGAUUAUCUAUUUUUCUCCCAUGAUAACUAAUCUGUUUUUAGUAUUGCAGCAUUUGGCAAGUUUAUUUUUUAGAUAUAAACUGUGGUUCAUCUGUUCACUGUUUCUAGAAAAAAAAAAAUCAUUCCCAUGAGGAAAAGCAUAAAUUAACAAGAAAGGAGAGUGGCUUGAUUUGCUUUUAGGAAAAGAAGUGUUUAAUUAAUUACUCUGUGUUUGGCCUCAUCCAGGCAUUAAGAAAUCUAAGAGAUACAAAGAGUCAAAUAACAACAGUGCCCUUUUCUUUUUUUAAGCCAGCAGACCAACCCUAACUGUGGGUAUGACUCCUAAGGAGAGUUGCUACAGUGUGAGUCAAGUAGAUGUUUGGCUGGCACCAAUGACAGCAGAGUGGAGGAAAAUAAAUGUGUUGUGUCUCUAAUUCCAGUAAGUUUUUUGCUUUCAGAAGCAAGAAACCAUGUCUCUUCACCCCAUCCCCACCCUUUUUUAACGCACCACAAGGAAAGAAAAGUAUAGGCAGUUGCACUACAUCAAACCCUUUUGUGACAUUUGUAGAAAUCAGUGCACUUUUAGAUUAGACAGAAUCAUUUUUUAAUCUUUUGUUUUCCUUUAGUUUGAAAAGUUGUAUAAUACUUAAUUGACAGUAGCAAAUUUCUGUAUGUGGUAGCAUAGCUUUAAUUUAUCUUAUUAUAAUGCUGUUCUGGAUUUUCUUUUGGUUUAAAAAAAAAAUUGUUGCUUAGAAGCCAUGAACUAUUUUAUUUUACUUCAACUGUCAGAAUUUCUGUGUUUUAAAAAAAUGAUCAUUUGGUUUCACUCAGGAAAUGCAUGUCAGGAAACUUGUAUUAUAAGUUUACUAGUUGUUAUGUAUCAGUAACUGCUGUUACCCCCUUUUCAAAGAAAUAUAAUUGAUUUUGAAGUUUUCUAGAGUGUCACAUGCCUUGUGACUAAUGCAAGGAAAUCAAGUCCUGUGUUGUAUUUGUUCUAAUCAUUUCUAUUCAGCUAUAUAUUGUAGCUAAUUUUUAUUUGCAAUUAAUUUAUUCAAACUAAGUAAAUACUUUUCAAAAUAGAUUA